CAAGCGCCGCGCCACCUCAAACCGCUGGCCACCUAAUCAACGCCCACUCCGUAAGUCUCUUUUUCGCCAUUCACAUUCGUUGGAAGUCACUUCCUCUCUUCCUUUUUUCUCUCUCUGGCACGGAAGUGUGUUGAAGGGACGAGCGGAAGGUUUUAGGCGGCGGCGGAAUGGCGAUGUGCGGGAUGGGAGCGGAGGAGCAGCUGCAGAAGUGCUCGCAGUGGGCGCUGGAGUACAUGGACUACUGCCUGUGCAGCAGUAAGGACGGAGUUUCGCUGGUGCUGGGGGCGUUGAGUGUGUUGAGCUGGACGGUGGCUGAGGUUCCCCAAAUUAUGACUAACUUCAGGGAGAAAUCCACGGAGGGGCUCUCAUGUUGGUUCCUGUUAACAUGGAUUAUUGGGGAUUUAUGCAACAUCUUUGGCUGCCUUCUAGAACCAGCUACUCUUCCAACGCAAACCUACAUGGCAGUGUUCUUUACAUUGACUACUUUUGUUCUUUCUGGGCAAGCAUUAUACUAUAGUCAUAUCUAUCCAAAGCUGAAGUCCAAUAGAAGGUGGCAUGAGGUUAGUGAGGAUGGGGCAUAUGAAAAGAGAACAGAGCAUAAUGGUACAGAGAACAAAAAAAGUAAUCAUGUCAAUAGACUGAAAGAUGGAAAAUCCCUUUCUGCAUAUGGAGCCCUUCCUAGCUCACCAAUUCCCCUGCCGAACUGUUCUCUCAGUGCAUCCUCAGAAAGAGAUUUAUAUUACAUGUCUGCCCGAUCUCUGUCAAUGAGUCACACUCCUCCAGUUGGAUCUUUUCCAUCACACAGAACACUUAACACAGAUGCUGAGCAGGAUUCAUUUGCCACUCCAUUGCUUGGUGAAGUGGAGCCAGUUCAUUCUUCACCUGCGCCCAAAACAAAAAGCAUGCUUUGUGUGGCUUCCUUGUUAACAUGCUUCCUUGGUGGUUGGAAACGCCAUCAAAGAAAAAGCACAAACAGUGGACUAAUUCUUCAAAAACAAGCUGGAGAAGUUGUGCUGUUUGGUAGAAAGCUUUUACAGGAAAGUGGUGGUUUUCUGCUGAAUAGCCAAUCCAACCAGACCAGUGGGAUUGCAGCACUUCUUGGCUGGGGAAUGGCAAUUAUUUACAUUGGUGGACGCCUGCCGCAAAUUCGCUUAAAUUUCAGGAGGGGAAAUGUUGAAGGGCUAAAUCCACUAAUGUUCAUGUUUGCUCUGUUUGGUAACAUCACAUAUGUAGCAAGCAUUCUUGUCAGCAGCCUGGACUGGUCAAAAAUUGGACCAAACAUGCCUUGGCUGGUUGAUGCAAGUGGAUGUGUACUCCUUGAUACCUUAAUACUAAUUCAGUUCUUCUAUUACCGUAACCGUGUAUCGGAUAAAGUAGUGAUUAAGCAUGAAAAUGGCAGCCCUUAGUUUGUCCCCAAGAAGAACAUAUUUUGCAGGUCAAGUGAACCAACCAAUAUUUGGAUCAUACUACAUCUCACUGCUGUUAUUUCAUGAAAAGCUGGGGAAGUCAUAGGGGCAACCUCUCUACAAGUACUGCACUUUGCAUUGCACAAUGAACUUGUUGUCAGUGAAGCUGGAGAUAUUUUUGGUUUUCUUAUUUACUACGGAGUAUUUGUUAGAGCCAUUCUUUCUUGUAUGGUCUGUCUUGGUCAAUUGUGUAUGAUUGCUCCUUAGAGAGAGACAUGAAGUAACUGGAAGAUUUUGCCUUCAAAUUUAACUGCUAUUUUCUGGACCA